AUGUCCAAAGAAGUAGCAGCUAAGAACAAAGUGAAGUUCCUUGCGUUCUUUCCAGACCUCGUGUUUGAGCUGGAAGUCAUGCUGGAAAAUUACGGCAUGCCUGCUGAUGCAAUCAACUGGUUCAAGAGAUCCUUGAACUACAACACUCCUGGUGGAAAACUCAACAGAGGUAUCUCUGUUGUCGACACCUAUGUCAUUCUCAAGGGGUACAAGUCAUGGGACGAGUUAAGUGCCGAAGAGUUCAAGAAAGCUGCUAUUUUAGGAUGGUGUGUCGAAUUGCUACAAGCCUACUUCCUGGUCGCUGAUGAUAUGAUGGAUCAGUCAAUCACCAGAAGAGGCCAACCUUGUUGGUACAAGGUUGAAAAUGUAGGAAACAUUGCCAUUAACGACUCUUUCAUGCUAGAAGGUGCUAUCUAUAAAAUUUUACGCAAGUACUUCAAGAAAGAAUCUUAUUAUGCUGACUUGUUGGAUCUGCUCCAUGAGGUAACUUUCCAAACUGAGUUAGGCCAAUUGUUGGAUUUGAUCACCGCUCCAGAAGACCACGUCGAUCUUUCCAAGUUUACCCCAGCCAAGCAUUCUUUUAUUGUCAUUUUUAAAACUGCUUAUUACUCGUUCUACCUGCCAGUUGUGAUGGCAAUGUACCUGAGCGGUAUUACCCAUGAAAAAGAUCUACAACAGGCUGAGCACAUCUUGAUUCCGCUAGGUGAAUACUUCCAGAUUCAAGAUGACUACCUUGAUUGUUUUGGUAAACCAGAAGACAUUGGAAAGAUCGGAACUGACAUCCAGGAUAAUAAGUGUUCUUGGGUCAUCAACCAAGCUUUGAGGUUGGCUAGCCCCGAACAGAGACAGAUAUUGGAUGAAAACUAUGGACGCAAAGAUGCCGACAAGGAAGCCAAAUGUAAAGAAGUUUUCGACCAGCUCGACAUUGCCGGGAAGUACAAGGCUUAUGAGGAGAACAUCGGCAAAGAAUUGCAGAAGAGAAUCGCUGACACAGAAGAAGACAGGGGAUUCAAGAAGGAAGUCUUCCAAGUUUUCUUUGACAAGAUCUACAAGAGAACCAAAUAA